AUGAAGUUCACCACCCCCCUCAUUCUCGCCAUCGCGACCCUAACCAUGGCCAACCCCAUCACCAACCCGGACGCCAGCACCGUCGCCGAGGCCAACCCCCUCGCCACUCGCGAUCCCACCUGCGACCAGUGCGAUGAGAAAUUCCGCAACUGCAAGAAGACUAAUUGGAGUGAUAAUGGCAGUCUUGGUUCUGCUGGUUCAACCCAGGUUCCUGCGAUACUACUUGCCGCGCUGAUACUUGUCGUGCGAGCGAGUUCUUCUGCCGGGACCACUGUGGCUGGACGGGCUGUUAAGCUGGCUCUAGUGUUGGAGUCCACCUACUGGAGAGAGGCUACUCUUGAGCUUGAAUCGGAAUGGAGGCUGUCUAGCAAGGGCUUAUUCUUCGGUAACGGUUCAUGA